CGUACUCUUCCAAUUGUAGUGUUUAGAUGUGUGUGCGUGUGUGCGUGUGCGCACGCUGCUUCCUUUAGUGGACAAAUUAUGUGAAAAUGUUUUUCGUUGUGCAGUAGUGAUGCACCUCACGUUUGAAGAAACUGGUGUUAUCGCGUGGGCAGCUGUUAGUCUACUCGUGUUCUCAUUAAACCUGUGAUAAUCGCCGUCGCGACAGCUGGUCACUUCAACAUGACCAUGACUUGCUGCGUGCCUCUCUGCUCAUCGCACACGGGAAAAUGCAAGCCUGACGGCGAGCCAAGUGUGUCGUUCCACGAGUUUCCCGUGACUGACAUUAGAGAAGCAUGGAUCAAAGCUAUUUCCCGCGAAGGUCCCAACAAUACGCUGUGGCAGCCGCACGAGACAGCGAAAGUAUGCAGCAUUCACUUCAAGCUGGAGGACUACAAGGAAGGCACGAAAGGGCGUCGUCGCUUGAAACCCAAUGCAGUGCCUUCCAUAUUUCCAGGAUACCCUGCCUACAUGCAGCGCUCUGCCGAGAGCAUCAGAAGAAAGGCUCGCACUUUACCGCAGCGACGCCUUACAGAAGCUUUUCCUACGGUAUCGACACAUCCACCGAGGUCAAAGAAACUGCUCCUGUACGAUGGCCAAGAUGGCAAGAAAGCAACCGUGGAAACUGCUUCAGCGACCAGUACAAGCAAAGCUGUAGACAGUGCCCACAUUACAGCAAAGAAGCCUCGCAGGAAUGUGGAUACGGUGGAAUCGGAUACCUACCCCACAGAGCCGACCACAGAGCUAACCAUAGAGUGCAUGCCAUCCUCAAAAGCCACUCGGGCCCCGGCUGGCUCUUCAAAUCCACUGGUUAUCGAAGUGAUAGCAUGUGAACAGUGCCCUUCGGUGACAAAUGAGCACAGUGCUUCGAGUGGACCAGACGUAGAGUGCCUCGAUGAACACAAGACAUUUGGGACGCAAACUACAAUGACUGGAAUGACAAUGUCUGCCUUGUGGGAUGAGAUAAGGUUGCUCAAGCAGAGGUGCCAUGACUUGCAGAACCAGCUCAACAAGGCACAAGCUGAAAACUGUCAGUUGAGAAUGAAGAUCCGCAGCAACCAGGGGCCUUGUGGCACAUGAUGGCUUGUUGCUACUAAUAGUUGUACCUGUGAAAAUUAGUUUUGACUAACUUUUAAAACCACAUGCACAGAUACUUUUGAAAGAGGCAGUCGUGUUUGGUAUUGAAGCAGGAUUUCUUAUGG